AUGAGACCGCAUCAGUUGGAAGGUUUCAACUUUUUGGUUAAGAAUUUGAUUGGAGACAAGCCUGGAGGUUGCAUUCUUGCUCAUGCCCCAGGUUCAGGGAAAACAUUUAUGCUUAUAAGCUUCAUUCAAAGAUUCUUGGGGAGGUAUCCAUCUGCAAGGCCCAAAGGGAUCUUAGGUACAUGGAAGAAAGAAAUUCAACGAUGGCAAGUGCAGGAUAUACCAUUGCACGAUUUCUACUCUGUUAAGGCUGGCAAAAGAGCAGAACAGUUGCAAAUCGUCAAAUAUUGGGAAGACAAGAUGGGUAUACUGUUUCUUGGAUACAAGCAGUUCUCCACAAUCAUCACUGAUGAUGGGGGCAGCAACGUCACAGCUGCAUGUCGGGACAGGCUGCUUAAGGUUCCCAACCUUCUUAUACUUGAUGAGGGUCAUACACCUAGAAACCGGGAGACUGAUGUACUAGAAUCGCUAAAUAGAGUGGAAACACCACGCAAAGUGGUUCUUUCGGGUACACUUUUCCAGAAUCAUGUCGAGGAAGUGUUUAAUAUAUUGAAUCUUGUUCACCCAAAGUUUCUCAGGAUGGAAUCAUCCCUUCCUAUUGCCAGACGUAUAAUGAGUCAAGUUGCAAUAUUAGGUAGAAGUUCAAAAGGGAGAAAGGCCCAUGUUAUUAGAGGUCUUAGAGAACUAACAAAGGACGUGCUUCACUACUAUAAGGGUGAUAUCUUAGAUGAACUACCUGGCUUAGUAGACUUCAGCGUGUUCUUGAAACUCACUCCCAAGCAGAAAGACAUUUUUCACAAGUUGGAUACACAUGUUAGGUUCAAAAGAAGUGCAGUAGGGAGUGCACUGUACAUUCAUCCUUGUCUUUCAGAGUUUUCAGAGGUUAAUGCUGAGAACAGGGCUAACACCUUGAGAGAUGAUUUAAUUGAUAGUUUGCUGGAUUCUAUAACUGUGAGAGACGGAGAGAAAGUACUUGCUUUUAGUCAGUAUAUACUUCCCAUGAAUUUUUUUGAACGGCUGCUGGUUAAGAAGAAGGGCUGGCUUAUGGGGAAAGAAAUUUUUGCGAUCUCUGGUGAUACUAAUCAAGAAGACAGAGAGUUGGCAGUGGAACAAUUUAACAGCUCUGCUGAUGCAAAAGUUCUGGCAAUUGGGCGUGCAUUCAGGCCCGGACAGCAGAAGAAAGUGUUUGUAUACAGGCUUGUAGCUGUCGAUUCUGAGGAGGAAAAGGUCCAUGAGACCGCAUUCAAGAAAGAAGUCAUACCGAAAUUGUGGUUUGAAGGGAGUGAGCACUGUACUACGGAAGACUUCAAGCUUGGUCAAGUUGAUAUUGAUGACUCUGGGGACGAACUAUUGGAUACUAAAGCAAUCCGCCAUGAUAUCAAAGUGUUGUAUAGAAGGUGA